AUGGCUGUUAUUUCCAAUGUUUACGUGUUCUUGAUUAUAUACUUAUUUUGUAUAAUAUCAUCGUUUUCACUUUCAGAAACCACUGCCUCCAAUGCUACAGGCUUCACUGCAAAUCUUAUUCAUCGCGAUUCUCCCAUUUCUCCGCUUUACAACUCCAAUGAUAAUCACUUCUGUCGCUUGAGGAGCUCUUUCUAUCGUUCCAUAAUGCGUGCUAAUCGUUUCAGGCCAAAUUCAGUCUCUGUAAAAGCACUUCAAUCAGAUAUCGUCCCUGGCGGGGGAGAAUAUUUCAUGAGAAUUUCUAUUGGAACUCCACCUGUUGAGCUACUUGCAAUAGCUGAUACUGGUAGUGAUCUAAUCUGGGUUCAAUGCCAGCCUUGUGAUCUCUGUUACCAGCAGAAGUCUCCCAUUUUCGAUCCCAGACGAUCUUCCAGUUACCGUGAAGUAUCUUGUGGUUCCAGGAUCUGCAACGCAUUGAAUAGUGAAGCUCGAGUCUGUACUCCCCGAGGCUCUGUUAAGGCCUGUGGAUACAGUUACUCUUAUGGAGACCAUUCGUUCACUGAUGGCCUGCUUGCUACUGAAAGAUUUACCCUUGGCUCGAUGAACAGCAGUUCUGUUUAUCUUCAACCAGUUGCCUUUGGUUGUGGAACCAGAAAUGGUGGCACGUUCGAUGAAACGGGCUCUGGUAUAAUUGGCCUUGGAGGUGGUUCUCUCUCACUAAUCUCUCAAUUGACUACUAAAAUAAGCGGAAAAUUCUCGUACUGCUUGGUAACCAUAUCAGAAGAAUCAAACAACAGUACAAGCAAGAUCAGUUUUGGUAUUGACAUGCUGGUUUCUGAUCCUGAUUCUGUAGUUUCCACCCCAUUGGUGUCUAAAGAACCUGACACUUUCUAUUACCUGACACUAGAAGCAAUUAGUGUCGGAAACAAGAGAUUAUCCUACAAACAUUCAUUGAAUGAAAAUGUCCAAGAAGGUAAUAUUAUCAUAGACUCCGGGACAACAUUGACCUUUCUUGAUUCUGAAUUCUUCAACGAACUGGAAUCAGCACUGGAAGAAGCUGUUGAAGCAGAACGUGUUAGUGACCCACAUGGGAUUUUCAGCAUUUGUUUCAGAGAUGAAAAAGAUGUUAAUCUUCCCAUUAUCACUGCUCAUUUCACUGAUGCGGAUAUAGAGUUGCAGCCAGUGAACACAUUUGCCAAAGCAGACAAAGAUUUGCUGUGCUUAACGAUGAUUCCAUCCAAUGGAAUAGCUAUCUUUGGAAACAUGGCCCAAACGAACUUUUUGAUAGGUUAUGAUAUUGAGAAGAGUUCUGUAUCUUUCAUGCCUACGGAUUGUACCAAGCAGAGUUAAGAGU